GGGCGCAGCCGCGGGCGCCGCCGCGGGGUCCGGGGAGCCCAGACGAGGAGCCCAGUCCUCUAUCGACGGGAUGCUCCGGACUCCCGAGCCGCGGCCCGGGGAGGAGGGGGCGGCCACCCAGGCCAAGCCGCUCACCUCCUUCCUCAUCCAGGACAUCCUGCGGGACUGCCCGGGCGGCCGGCCGCGGCCCCCGCCUCUGCCCCGCCAGCAGCGCGCGGAGCGGCCGAGCCCGGAGCCGGAGCCCACGGCGGGGAGCGGCGGUGCGGACGCGCCGGAGGAGCAGGCGAGCGCCCGGCCCCGCGCCGCGCCCGGGGAGGCCGCGUCGCCGGCGGAGACGGAGCCAGAUAGGCCCUCGGAGACUUAUCUGCUGGACUGUGAGGACACUUCGGGCGCCUCGCCCAGCCUGCCCCACGCCCCCAAGCAGCCGCAGAAGCGCUCCCGGGCCGCCUUCUCCCACACCCAGGUCAUCGAGCUGGAGAGGAAGUUCAGCCACCAGAAGUACCUGUCGGCCCCCGAGAGGGCUCACCUGGCCAAGAACCUGAAGCUCACCGAGACCCAGGUGAAAAUAUGGUUCCAGAACAGGCGCUACAAGACCAAGCGGAAGCAGCUCGCCUCGGACCUGGGCGGUCUGGAGAAGCACUCGCCCUUGCCGGCCCUGAAGGACGAGGGCUUCUCCCGGGCCCCCCUCAUCUCCGUGUACAACAGCUACCCUCACUACCCCUACCUGUACUGCCUGGGGGGCUGGAGCCCCGCUUUCUGGUAACGCCAGCUCCGAGGACACCUGCUCAGAGGACAGACGUGUACGUGAGCAGACACUGCCUGCUCCAGGUUGUCUUUCCUCAAGGCCAAAGGGCCAGGGCGGGAGGACUGGGGAGCAAGAGGCAUGCGGACCAAGACUGUUGGAGGUUUGCAUGGAAAUUCCGGACUCUUCACUGGUGGGCCAAGGAGAGGUGUGGACCCGUGAAUAAUUUCAUAUCCAAAUAGCUCCCCACACACAUAAUAUAGGUCAUUUUUGCUUGCAGACACCUGUCUGAAGUGGGGAAGGGUAGAGCCAAGUGCUGUUUCUCAAGAACUGAGUGGGCUGUUGUGUUUGCUGUCGCAUUGCUGCUGAGGAUUGCGUCCCUGGAGCUCCGUUCUCCCAUGUAACCGGGCAUAGACUCUGAAAGAGCAAACUUGAGGGAGAGAGGACAGCCAAGACGAGGAGGUCACCCACCGAAUUAGACUAAAGUUCAAAAGCCUCAUGGGCCUUGGAAGAUGACCAAGGUGUUUCUCUUGGUCUGUCAGAGAGGGAAGGAGAGGGUCUCGCCGCCGAGAAACCUGUCAUGCUCAGGUUUAGUCCUUUUUACAGAGUUCACCAACUUAAGUAUUUGCAAGGUGGUCCAAGCAGACUGAGAGUUCCUCGCCGCGGGUGUUAGACAAGCUGUAGAACCAGCACUGCUGUAAGCAGCGGGCCCAGGCCAGAAGCUGCAGGGGCAUUGCAAUUUUACCAGCAAAAGGUAAAA